GCGUAAUAGUGCGUUUACACACGCUUUCAACGGUGUUGUUGUUUUUGUUGCUCCUUCUAUCGUGCUACGGCAGCUAUUGCAAAUAAUUAACAGGUGAGUGUGUGAUGCCUAUACUUUGAACCAUGCCGAGCAGAAGAGUAAGUGUCAUACAGAAGUCGGCAUCGUCCAGCAGAAGCAGCAGGACGACGACUGUCAUCACAUCAUCAUCUCGUGUGACUACUCUGGUGUCGUCAAGCAGGACCAGCCCCAUCACGAAAAAGGAAAUCACACCAGUGAAAAGUCGGCUGUCCUCAGGGUCGCCAUUAACUCCAGGAUGGGUGUCAGGCAGUCUUGCUGUCUUUGAAUCACCUAAGUCGACAUCACCUUCACCUAAAAGGCCACGAACACGCAGGUCAUCAGUGUACACCAAGAAAACUGUAGUGUCCAAGAUUCCUCAGAGGUCCUCCAAGGCUGUGAAGGGAAGCAAUGUUUUCAAGAUGCCCACUGUCUUCUCCCCACCUGGGGUCAAGACAAGAAGCAGACGGUCUUCCAUAUUUGCUGGGCAAGCUAAGAAGUCACCCUUGCAGUCUGCUUCUCUGUCAGUCCGCGAAAUGGUGGAGAUUGUUAGAUCUUCCUCAAUGGAAGAAGAAGAAACUGAAUCACCAACCCCAAAACGGAGGAUUCUGAAAGCGCAUAGGGCUUCCUCGUCAAAGAAGCAAACAUCUACAGCGACUAAGAGCACAUCCUCAAAAACAUCUUCAGACUCUAAAAAUGAUGUUUUAAUUUUGUCUUCACGUUCUAGUCGUUCUAAGAAAUCCAGCAGAAAGUCUCAGUCACCCAGUAAAUCUCCAUCAAGAUCUAAGAAGAGGCAAAGUAAAUCACCGGCACCUAAAGCGAAGACAACACCAAAGAGAAGUUCAAGUAAUUCUCAGAAACAAUCCACAAGAUCUACAAAGAAACGUUCAAGAGAUAAAGAGGAAGAGGAAGAUGACAUGGAAGUUUCAUUUCAGUUUGUGACACCCAUCCCAUCACCUGCCCAGAAACGGAGACGUGUGGUUGUUAGUUCAUCAAAAACAACAGGCAGUAAAUCAAAUUCAAAAACUCGACAAUCUCAAAGUCCCAAGAAAAGACUGUCAGCAUCACCAUCACCUUUGAAAACAUCUUCAGUAUCGAAGAGGUCAACAUCCAAGAGACUACUGGUUCGAAUAAAUGGAUUGAAAAGCUCUGGAUCCCCAGAUUCUCCAGUUUCAAGCCGCAAAACAUCUGUGAAGAAAAGUGAAGCUUCUAAUCCAUCCACACCACGCCGACUUGAAGUAACUCUUCAUGACAUGAGCAGUUCCCAGUUAUUAGCAAGUUCCAGUAGCAAGAAAGCAGGUAGUUCAAAGAAAGCAACAUCCUCGUCAGCAUCUAAGAAGUCCCCCAAAUCAGUUUCAAAGAGUAAGUCAAAGAAGAAGAAAAAGAGCUCUACCAGAUCAUCAAGUUCAACAAAAUCAUCCAAGACACCUUCAAGGAAAUCUGAAGACUUCAGGAGUGACUUUGAUGCUUCCGAUAUAUCUGUCACAAGUCUUGCAUCAACUGAAAAUGAAACACCAAUUACACCACCUAGAAAAGCUUUGGUCAAAUCUAGAAGCAGAUCUCAUUCCCCAAGGAAGACUCCCAAGUCAAGCUCUAAGCGGAACAGUUCUAGUAAGAAAUCAUUACAGUCAUCUAGCCAAUCCACUCCGGUUAAAUUUCAGAAGACACCUUCCACCUCAAAAUCUAGUUCUAAGCAGAACAGUUCUGGUAAGAAAUUAUCAAGAUCAUCUAGCAAAUCCACUCCAGUUAAAUUUCAGAAGAGACCUUCAACCUCAAAAUCUAGUUCCAAGAAGAAAUCCUCCACAAAGAGAUCUGUCAAAUCUUCCUCCAGGUCAACCAAUGUGAGUUCCUCAAAAGCCAGAAAAUCCCUUGAAAUCACAAGUUCAUCUUUCUUGUCCAAAGAAAUUAAUACAGACUCUUUAUCUGGCCCAAGAACUCCUAACUCUGUAAACAGAAAAUCUCUGUCUCGAUCUUCUCUUAGUUCAGCAAAACGAUCAUCCACCGGUUCUCGACGGCAAUCAUCUUCAGUCAAAUCUGGACAGAAGAGGAGGUCUGUAGCAUCGCCUUUGACCCCUAGUAUAAAACUGUCUACAAUCUCCUUCACCUCACAGAGCAAGAGUAAAGCUUCACCCAGAAAUGUGCUCCAGAAUACAUCCAGGUCUUCUUUAGAAGCAACAUCCUCAAAAAGAAGAUCAGUUGGAACACCACAGUCAUUCACAAGUUUAAAAUCAGGGAGGGGGUCUGCUAAGAAAUCUGUUGAAUCUGUAAUGUCUACAUAUAGAUCCACCGAAGGCUUUACACCUGUAGUAUUUAAAUCUGUUCAGAAACGCAAGACUGCUCUUACCCCCUUUUAUGAAAGCCUUACAGCCAAGAGACGGCGUAUAAAUGACAGUACUGACAUGGUUGACAGUCCACUGGUUUCAAGCACACCUGUAGGCAGACUGUCGGUUAACUCCAGUCUCAGGUCUUCCUUUGGAAGUGCUGUCCGCUCAAGCAGGCAGAACAUUUCCAGAACAUCAUAUAAGUCCUCAAGCACCAGGGGUGGAUAUGGAAAUGAGGACAGCUUCUUGGAUGGCUCCUACACGUCAAGAAAGUAUAGCUACUCCAGGAAUGGAGAAGAUGAUGAAGAGGAGAAAGAUUAUGAGGAUGAUGAGAUGGUUGGAGAGGAGUACAGCACCAGGUACAUAUCGUCAAGUGGGGACAUGGAGGUCGCAACUACCAAGUCCAAGUCAUGGUGCUCUGUCAUGUGAUUCUAGUGAUCUCAUAAAGGGCUGCACAUCACCCAAAGUUUCUCCAUGGGAUACAACACUAGUCUUGUUGGGACUCAGUUUAUCAUUGCUAUUGGUCUUUUGUACUCAAUUAUAACCAGUAGUAGAAUAGAUCCUGCUUUUACAUUAAUCUAAUGGUGUUUUUAUUUAACCAUGUCCAUGUUAGUUUAACUUUCAAAAUAUUCCUCUACUGCUGAGUGCUGACAAGGAAAUAUUAGUAGGAGAUACUUGGUAAUGGUAUGUAUUCUCCAGUAUAGAAGUAAAACCAGUAUAAACAUUCUGUCAAUGGAAAGUAAUCCAUUUUGUGGUAGACGUUAGGGGUAGCUUGGACAUGAACCUGUGUGUGAGAUGGAGGCCAUUUCUACAAUACAGUGCCAGGACUACAGUCUGUGUUUGUACAAGGCAGUACUCCAGACAGAGGUCUGACGCUUCAGGAAUCCAGGUAGAGGCAUAAGACUUCUUGACUCCAGGCCUAAGACUUCCUUUUGAACAAGGCUCCCAGCAAUGACUAGGUGGCCUAAUGCAACAGUAAUACUCUGUAUCUAACAUAGCUGUAGCUGCACAUAUGUAUACAUACAGUUAGCUAUCAUUGUAUGUACAGCUAACUAUAGAUGCGUCUUCAGCAACCCAUGCUUGCCACAAAAGGCGACUAUGCUUGUCGUAAGAGGCGACUAACAGGAUCGGGUGG